UUUCUGCUCUGAGGCGCUGGAGUAGAGCUGCUCUGCGCUGGAAGAUGAAGCCUUGCCGGACCGAGCAAUAAGGAUUACAGUGAUUUGACUUUAGAAAAGAGAAGAGAGGACCAUUAUAUCUGCCAGUCAUCUUUAUACGUAUUCCAGGAUGCCUCGUUCAUUCCUAGUAAAGAAGCAUUUCAAUGCAGCCAAGAAACCGAAUUAUAGUGAACUGGAGAGUCCAACAGUGUUUAUUUCUCCAUAUGUCUUAAAAACCCUCCCGGUGCCUGUUAUACCUCAGCCUGAAGUGUUAAGCCCGGUGUCGUAUAACCCCAUAACAGUGUGGACUACCAGCAACCUGCCCCUGUCACCCCUGCCCAGCGACCUGUCCCUUAUCUCCGGAUACCCCUCGUCCCUCUCCGACACGUCCUCUAAUAAAGACCACAGCGGUUCGGAGAGCCCCAGGAGCGAUGGAGACGAGCGGAUACAGUCGACCAAACUGUCAGACGCUGAGAAGUUUCAGUGCAGUUUGUGCAACAAGUCCUACAGCACGUAUUCCGGACUCAUGAAACACAAGCAGCUGCACUGCGACGCACAGACCAGGAAAUCAUUCAGCUGCAAGUACUGCGAGAAGGAAUACGUCAGCCUAGGGGCCCUAAAGAUGCACAUAAGGACACACACGCUGCCGUGCGUUUGCAAAAUGUGCGGGAAAGCGUUCUCCAGACCUUGGUUGCUGCAGGGACACAUUCGGACGCAUACAGGUGAGAAACCCUUUUCAUGCCCCCACUGCAGUCGUGCAUUCGCAGACCGGUCCAACCUCCGAGCUCACCUGCAAACCCACUCAGACGUGAAGAAAUACCAGUGCAAGAACUGCUCCAAAACCUUCUCUCGCAUGUCGCUGCUGCACAAACAUGAGGAAUCUGGCUGUUGCAUUGCACGCUGAGACACACACACACACACACAUUCACUAAGUGUCUCCGAUUGUGAAUGUGAUCUCGGAUCUGCUCUUCCUGUCAGUAUACUCAUGAUAAACUGGAUACGAAUGGCAAAACGCAUCCGAUUUAAAAAUGCAACGCCCUAGGGUCUGAAUGCAUAAAGUGUUUGUGGAGUCAUUCAGAGAUCAGAUUCCAACCAAGACACUACACGCUAACAAGUAAAACUGACCCAAAACACCCUUUCCGCUUUAAGUUUGGUUCCUGGAGAACCUUCGACACCCUCAGAAAGGAAACGGCACAAAACAAAAGACUCUUUACUGGAUCCCAGGUGGUCUUAAUUCAUUGACUAAGAAGCCUUUUCAUUUCAGUGUAAACGCAGAUUCACGCGCCCGUCAUGUGCCUUCCAUUUCAACAGUAUUUGCCCUGUCCUGGUCGGGUUGAUGUGUACUGUACAUUUGUUUACAGAUACGUACUAUUUGGGAGGUUUUAAACAUGUAGCCUCUCCAAUAAGCAAUAAUUUAUAUGCCUGUGACUGAAUGUUAAAUGGGUAAGGGUCACUUUUUUGUUUCUUUUUUCUUUUCUGAGGUAAUCGGUCAGACAUUUCACACCGUAGAUGGUGGCACACCAAUUUGCUUGAGACCAAAGGAAUAAUUAACGCCAUGUUUUUAAACAGGGAACAAGUGCAAAAUGACGCUUUCUUGAAUUAAAAGUAUUUAAACUGUUGUGCUAUCAUAACACAACAGCAGAUAACCAGCACUCAAGACAUGCAAUACUUUGCCAUGUGCCUUUUUUCAUCAGGAACUUCAGAGAUUUUGCCAUGUAAUUGUUUUUUUGAAUGUAUAUGACACUGAUACGAUUGUACUUUGUAUUGCAAAGUGUAAAUGAAUGGUAUGAUUUUGUACAAAAAAUAAAAUUUACACUUUUU